AGAGCAUUCUCCUUAGCAACUGCUGGACCGCGGCGGCGCCUCCCGGGAGCUACGUUCUCCCUGGGCCCCAGCCCUGCCUUUGGUAGAUCAGCUCCGUCUGUCACAGAAACUGGACCCAGGCCCAGAGCUCCGGGCCUGUCCAGCGUGCCCCUGUCCUCAAAGCUUUCUUUCAUCCCUCGGGAGCUUGUGAUACCUGAGCUGCUCAAGACGGGAAGGACUCUGAGCCUGGGCAGUGGAGGCCGCCCUGCGUCUGGAGAGAAGAGGCAACCGUGGAUCCAGCAAUGAGCCAUCCUGACUUCAGGCUGAACCCGGGGAGCCUCAGAGGUGUGUCCUCUGUGGUCGGCCCACGCGGUGUUGGUGCUUCGCCAGGUGACAAAAAGUCAAAGAACAAGUCCACACGAGGGAAGAAAAAGAGCAUAUUUGAAAAUUACAUGUCCAAGGAGGAUGUUUCAGAAGGCUUGAAGAAAGGAACACUUAUCCAGGGUGUAUUGAGAAUUAAUCCAAAGAAGUUUCAUGAAGCCUUCAUUCCUUCCCCGGAUGGCGAUCGAGACAUUUUUAUUGAUGGGGUUGUUGCUCGUAAUAGAGCCUUGAAUGGGGACCUGGUUGUCGUGAAGCUGCUUCCAGAGGAGCAGUGGAAGGUAAUUAAACCAGAAAGCAGUGACAAAGAAACAGAAGGGGCCUAUGAAUCAGAUCUCCCUGAGGAGCUCUGUGGAAGCCGUUUGCAACAGUCCUCCAAAGGCCAUAAUGACAGUCCUGACGUCAUUGUGGAGGCUCAUGGUGAUGACAGUGACUCGGAAGAUGGACAUGGCAACACACCAGAUGUUCUGGUUGAUGGUGUCAGGAAACUCGCAGUGUGUGUUCCUGAAAAAGGACAAGAGGAUGCCGGUGCACCAGUUACAAAAGACAAGAGCACCUCCAUGCCACAGGACACAAGCACUGUGCUAGAGAAGUCGCUGCAAAGAUCAGCAAAGGUGGUUUACAUCGUGGAGAAAAAGCAUUCUCGGGCAGCAACCGGCUUCCUCAAACUGCUGACCGAUAAGAACAGUGAACUGUUCAGGAAAUAUGCCCUGUUUUCUCCUGUGGACCACCGAGUGCCUAGAAUAUACGUGCCUCUCAAGGACUGUCCUCGAGAAUUUGUGACCCGGCCCAAAGAUUAUGCCAACACACUAUUCAUCUGCCGCAUCGUGGACUGGAAGGAGGACAGCAAUUUUGCCCUGGGGCAGCUGGCUAAGAGUCUUGGGCAGGCUGGUGAGAUCGAGCCUGAGACAGAAGGGAUACUGACAGAGUAUGGUGUGGACUUCUCUGAUUUCUCUUCGGAAGUUCUAGAAUGUCUCCCUCAGAGCUUGCCCUGGACAAUACCACCAGAGGAAUUCAGCAAGAGAAGAGAUUUAAGAAAAGACUGUACCUUCACCAUUGACCCACCAACUGCCCGAGACCUUGAUGAUGCCCUCUCCUGUAAGCCACUUGCUGACGACAACAUCUUCGAGGUGGGAGUACAUAUCGCCGACGUCAGUUACUUUGUUCCCGAGGGCUCCGAACUGGAUAAAGUGGCUGCACAGCGAGCAACAAGUGUCUACUUGGUUCAGAAGGUAGUGCCCAUGCUUCCCAGAAUGCUGUGUGAGGAGCUGUGCAGCCUCAACCCUAUGACCGACAAACUGACCUUCUCCGUGAUCUGGACACUGACUUCGGAGGGCAAGAUCCUAGGUGAAUGGUUUGGCCGGACCAUCAUCCGCUCCUGCACCAAACUGAGCUACGAGCAUGCACAGAGCAUGAUUGAAAACCCGACUCAGAGAAUCCCGGAGGAGGAGCUGCCCGCCAUCUCCCCGGAGCACACCAGUGAGGAGGUGCACCAGGCGGUCUUGAGUCUGCACAGAAUCGCAAAGGAGUUACGCAAGCAGCGGUUUUUGGACGGCGCGCUGCGUCUGGAUCAGCUGAAGCUUGCUUUCACUCUGGACCACGAGACUGGAUUGCCACAAGGGUGUUACGUCUACGAGUACCGCGACAGCAACAAGCUCGUGGAGGAGUUCAUGCUCCUGGCCAACAUGGCAGUGGCCCACAGAAUCUACCACUCCUUCCCUGAGAGGGCACUGCUGCGCCGGCACCCCCCACCCCAAACCAAGAUGCUCAAUGACCUGAUGGAGUUCUGUGACCAGAUGGGUCUGCCCAUGGACUUCAGCUCCGCUGGAGCCCUCAAUAAAAGUCUGACCAAAAUAUUUGGAGAUGACAAGUACUCACUGGCCCGGAAGGAGGUGCUCACCAACAUGUGCUCCCGGCCUAUGCAGAUGGCCCUGUACUUCUGCUCCGGGGUGCUGCGGGACGAGGUGCAGUUCCAGCACUACGCCCUCAACGUGCCGCUCUACACGCACUUCACCUCGCCCAUCCGCCGCUUUGCCGACAUCGUGGUGCACCGGCUCCUGGCUGCCUCACUUGGUAAGGGGAUGCGCGGCUCAGGGGCACAGCCCCCAGGCCACAGCACACCGCCAGAUGCAGAGCCUGGCGUUGUGCAGAAGCGAGCUGACCACUGCAAUGACCGCCGCAUGGCGUCCAAGCGUGUGCAGGAGCUCAGCACGGGCCUCUUCUUCGCCGUCCUGGUCAGGGAGAGUGGCCCCCUGGAGUCGGAGGCCAUGGUGCUGGGCGUCCUGAACCAAGCCUUCGACGUGCUGGUGCUGCGCUACGGGGUGCAGAAGCGCAUCUACUGCAACGCCCUGCCCCUUCGGUCCCACCACUUCCAGAGGUUGGGCAAGAAGCCGGUGCUCACGCUUACCUGGGAGCCUGAGGACACGGAGCAGGAGCCGGUGCAGCAGGUCAUCACCAUCUUCAGCCUGGUGGAGGUGGUGCUGCAGGCAGAGGCCACCGCCCUCAAGUACUGCGCCCUCCUCAAGCGCCCGGGCACUGGGGACCAGUUGGACCUGCAGGACGAGGAGGAGCGUGACUGUGAUCGUGACCUUGAGAGGGAGGACUGAAGGCAGUGUCCCAGCACCCCACUUACCUCGAACCCCACCCACCGGCUUUCAGAAGAGGACCUUUUGGCACCAAAGGGGAUUUUUAAUUUGGUUUUUAAUAACUCAGGGUUUUAUUUUUAUUUUUUUCAUUCUAUUUUAUUUUUGCAGCUCAGUUUUUAAAGGACCUGGAGGGGAGAGGGUGGGGCUGGCCAAAGACUGAGGCCUGGCCAGUGCUCACUGCAGCAGAGUGGUGCCCGGUCCCCCCGGGAAGCCAGCCCUCGCUUCUGCCAGGCCUCCACUGCCUUCCCCUGCCCAGGAAACAGGCUUUUCAGCAAAUCAGUGUCAUGGAAUAAAAUCAGAUGUGAAGGGCAGUCUGGUGUGUGAGGUGCUGCUGCUGGGAGACCAGGGCAGCGGCGGCCCCUUGGGCCUGGGACCAGAGAUGUGGCUCAGGCUCCACCCCCACAGCUGAGCCGUGGUCACCGCCUUCUGGAAACCUCCUGCCAGUUCCAGGGUGAUUCACAGAGCUGGCCACAUGGCAGAUUGAUGAUGAGAAGUGUAAUUAGUAUGCAAGGCGGCGAGCUCGUGCCCCCUGCUGCAGUGGCUGUGUCUGUCCCUGCCACACCACUUCCUCUCUGCCUGCCAGACCACUGGGCCCCAGGAUGGGGCAGGGGUCCUGUGAUACCCCUCCCUCUCUUUCAAGGCCAUUGCCCGGGCCCCACCCCUUGUGCAGCCGGAACCUCAGAGCCUUCAGUCCUGAUCCUGCACCCUUGCCACACCCAGGGAACAUGGGGAUGAAGCCAGCCCGGGCCUGCUGGAUGUGAGAGGGGCCCUCACACUGGCCUUCUCAGCCAGGGGGGUAGGGGGAGAGGGGGCUCCUGGUGGCUCAGUCUGACCCAGUCACCUCUCUGGCAUCCUGACCUCCACUGUCCCACUACCUCAGGGACGCAGGGACAGAGAUGGUGGGGCUCUGGACAGCAACCCCUCAGCAGGCCUGACCUGCGCCUGCACCCCUUCCCCAACUAACUAGGGGACCGCAGGUUACAGGUUGGCUUCCCCAAGAGCUGUCAGAAACUAGCAUGAAAACCAGGGUGACCAAGGGCUUGGGGCGUACCCCACUGUUUCUGGGGGGUUGGUGUUAACAGAUACAAGUCCAUCUGGUAUAGUAAUAGUUCUUUCUUUCUUUCUUUUUCUUUCUUUCUUUCUCUUUCUUUCUCUCUCUCUUUCUUUCUUUCUUCUUUUUAGGAUUUUAUUUUCAGAGAGAAGGGAAAGGGAGAAUAAAGAGGAGACAAACAUCACUGUAUAGUUGCCUCUCACUCGCCCCCUACUGAGGACCUGGGCUGCAACCCAGGCCUGUGCCCUGACUGGGAAUCAAACU